AUGUCUUCUGAAAAAAAAUUAGUUGAUCAACUUCAAGAUGAUUAUUUUUAUUAUGGUGAUGAUAGUGACGAAACAAUCAUUGAUGUAGUUCUUGAUUAUAUGAGUAAUAAUAAAGAAUAUUUAAAGAAUGAAUAUAUUAUGAAUAAAAUUAAACAAGUUUUUAGAGAUGAAUAUAUUCAUGAUAAAAAAUUAGAUGAAUCAAAAGAUUUUUAUUAUAAAUUAAAACAAAGAGAUUAUGAAUUUGAUAUUGAAUCUGCUAUUGUAGUUAACCAAUUAAAACCUCAGUUUGAGGUUGAUGUUAAAGAUGAAACACUUCGUCGUUUAAAGAGAAAAAAUUUAGAUAUUAAGAAUGAAGAAUUAUUUAAUCAUAUUCAAGAAGAAGUUCAUGAUACAAUUUCAAAUUAUUCAUCAGUAUUAUCUUUAUAUAAUGGUGAUGUUAAUAAAUAUGAAAAGUCUGAAGAAUAUAAAUAUUUAGUUAAUAAAGAAACUUUACAACAAUAUAGAGA